UUUGGACCUCACUAACUUCCCUUUCUCUCUACACUCACUCUCUUUGCCGUUCUAGAAAUUCAUAUCACAAUAAUGUCACUUACCUUCUAUAACCUUUUUUCCCAUCCCCCACAUUAGUCCUUAUCUUCCUUUGCUUCUACUCUUUCUUUUGGAAACUGUUCAUUGUUUUCAGUUUGUUAUGAUGAGGAGUAAAUGGUGAUUGGGAUACCGAGCUUCAACUCUGGGGGUUUUGUGAUUACAUUUUUUGAAAAAAAGGGGAACCCAUUUUAGCAAGAACUCAGAUGGAAUCUGGGUCGACUGCAAUGGACAAAGUAGAGACGGGAAAACGUGGCGUCAAGCUUGGUUCGAUGGUCUCAAAUGCGCCAAUGGUCGAUCGGUUUGUGCCCAGAGCUGAUCACAAUCCGAGGGACCUAAGAUCUUGGGCCAAGAGGACUGGUUUUGUCUCUUCGUUUUCUGGGGAAACAACCAAUAUUGUUGGGGAGAAGAAUGAGAGUGCUAGAUUUGAUUUGGAGAAGGGUCUCGAACGGAGAGGCGGAGGGUCUUCACCCAAACUUGAGAUCGACCCAAUUCUGGGUCGGACCCGACAUAACAGGGAGAUUGAAGUGGAACCAGUUACAGGGAGUGGGAAAGAAGAAAUGAGGACUGAAAAUGAAGGGGUGUUAAGGUUCAGGGAUGGAGCAGUGAGGGGUGAAGAAAGGAGACGGAUAGGGCUUGAACAUGUGAUGGGAGGAGCUAAAGAGGAUGAAAGAGAAAUGACGAAUGGUAAAGGAAGAGAGAAAGGGGAUGGGGCUAUGAACAGGAACAGUGAUGGAGAUGUUCAUGGAAUCGGCCAUGGGAGGGUCUCUGUGGUUACUCCUGCAACUGAACCUAAAAGGGAAGAUGAUAGAGAUGAAAGAAAUGAGAAUAUCAAUGUGAAUGGAGAUGAAGGGGAAGCUACUGAAGGAGGAUGGCUAAGACCUUCAGGAAUGAAACUUGGACCAACUGAAAAUCCGGGUUACGUUCCAUUAAUGUAUUAUGGACUUCAGCAUUAUUUGUCGUUGGUUGGGUCAGUUGUUUUCAUACCCCUGAUCAUUGUACCUGCUAUGGGUGGAACGGAUAAAGAUACAGCUACAGUAAUUUCAACUCUACUACUGGUUUCGGGAAUCACAACAAUCCUUCACUCCUGCUUCGGUACCCGACUACCAUUAGUUCAAGGAAGCUCAUUUGUGUUCUUGGCUCCAGCAUUAAUUAUCAUGAAUGCUCAGGAGUACCGCAAUCUUACGGAACAUAAAUUCAGGCAUAUAAUGAGAGAACUGCAGGGAGCAAUAAUUAUUAGUUCAAUAUUUCAAAGCAUUUUGGGAUUCAGUGGUUUAAUGACCCUUUUCCUUAGGUUGAUAAACCCAAUUGUGGUUGCACCCACGGUUGCUGCUGUAGGUUUAGCAUUUUUCAGCUAUGGCUUUCCACAAGCUGGUAAUUGUGUGGAGAUCAGCGUCCCGCAGAUAGUUUUGCUUCUUAUAUUUACCCUGUACCUCCGAGGAGUAUCCGUACUUGGCCAUCGUGUAUUCAGAGUUUAUGCGGUUCCUCUUAGUGUCAUGAUUAUAUGGGCCUACGCAUUCUUUUUGACUACUGGUGGAGCAUAUGAUUUCUCAGGCUGCAGCCCAGAUAUUCCUAGUUCAAAUAUCUUAGUGGAUGCGUGUAGAAGGCACGUAUAUACCAUGAAACAUUGCAGAACUGAUGUUUCAAGUGCAUGGAGAACUGCAGCAUGGGUUCGAAUUCCUUACCCUUUGCAGUGGGGUGUGCCAAUCUUUCAUAUAAAAACUUCAAUUAUCAUGAUCAUGGUUUCUCUGGUUUCAUCAGUGGACUCUGUUGGUACUUAUCACACUGUGGCUUUGCGUGUUGCUUCAAAGCCACCAACUCCAGGAAUUGUUAGCAGAGGAAUUGCUUUGGAAGGUUUCUGCAGUAUCUUGGCUGGACUGUGGGGUACAGGUUCUGGAUCAACAACGUUAACAGAAAAUGUACAUACGAUUCAUGUAACAAAAGUGGCAAAUCGAAGGGCCUUGGAAAUCGGAGCAGUUUUCUUGAUAUUUAUCUCAUUCAUAGGUAAAGUUGGUGCUGUUCUUGCCUCCAUACCACUGGCAUUGGCGGCUUCAGUCCUCUGUUUUACAUGGGCUCUAAUCGUUGCAUUGGGGCUCUCGACACUACAGUAUAGUCAAACUGCGAGUAUCAGAAACAUGACGAUAGUCGGCGUCUCGUUGUUCCUUGGCUUGUCAAUCCCUGCCUACUUUCAGCAGUUCCAAUCUGAAAUUAGCUUGAUUUUGCCAAGUUACUUGGUUCCCUAUGCUGCAGCUUCUAAUGGACCAACCCAUACAGGAAACAAACAAUUUGACUUUGUAUUCAAUGGCAUCAUGUCCUUGAACAUGGUCGUGACAUUUUUUAUCGCGCUCAUUCUCGAUAACACGGUUCCAGGCAGUCGACAAGAGCGAGGAGUGUAUAUAUGGUCACACGUUGAUGACAUUAAGAAUGAUCCAUCUCUGGUAGCAACUUACUCCCUUCCAAAAAGGUUUUUGAGGUUGUUUUGCUGGUCAAAGUGUUUGUGUUUAUGAAAAUGGUGUAUCUCGAUGCAAGCUCGGUCUUCUGGUUGAUGUUUUAGCAUGUCGUGGUGAAGGUUAGAUAUGACAAUACAUACGUAGGUUUUAUAGGUUCACAAGAUUUGAAAAUUCGGUGUAGUGUAUCAACCACUAUUGUUAAAACAUGGAUGGUUCAUUGUUUAAUUAGUUUCUAUCCAAUUUGAGCA